CUGCAUAUGAACACGAUGUCUAUGAAAUGGCUCUCGCUUCUGCUGCUGCUACAGAUGACUUGUUUCUUUAGCUCUGGGAGUUGUGGAAAAGUGCUGGUGUGGCCAGUGGAAUAUAGUCAUUGGAUGAAUAUGAAGAUCAUUCUGGAUGAACUUGUCACGAGGGGUCAUGAGGUGACUGUAUUGACAUCUUCAGCUUCCAUUCUUAUUGAUUCCAACACACCAUCUGCCAUCAAAUUUGAGAAUUUCCCCAUAUCUUUAACUAAAGAUGAUUUUGAGAAUGCUUUGAAGCAUUUUGUCAGGAAAUGGGCAGACCUGGCAAAUUCAUUUUGGACAUUUUUUUUGUCACUGCAAAGCUUAUUUGAAGAUUAUUCUGAUCUUACUCUAAAGAUCUGUAAAGAAGUUGUUUCAAACAAGAAACUGAUGACAAAACUGCAUGAAUCGAAGUUUGAUGUUGUCCUUGCAGAUACCGUUGGACCCUGUGGAGAGCUGUUGGCUGAGAUACUUAAAGUACCUUUAGUGUACAGUCUCCGCUUCACUCCUGGUUAUUCAAUUGAAAGGAAGAGUGGGAAACUUCCAUACUCACCAUCCUACGUACCUGUUAUAUUGUCUGAAUUAAGUGAUCACAUGACAUUCAUGGAGAGGGUCAAAAAUAUGAUAUAUGUACUUUAUUUUGACUUUUGCUUCCAGAUGUUUAAUGAGAAGAAGUGGGACCAGUUUUACAGUGAAGUACUAGGAAGACCAACUACAUUAUUAGAGACAAUGGAGAAAGCUGAAUUUUGGCUUUUUCGAUCCUACUGGGAUUUUGAAUAUCCUUGCCCACUACUACCAAAUGUUGAAUUUGUUGGAGGCCUCCACUGCAAACCUGCCAAACCUCUGCCUAAGGAAAUGGAAGAGUUUGUGCAGAGCUCUGGAGAAAAUGGUAUUGUGGUGUUUACUUUGGGGUCAAUGGUCACUAACAUGACAGAAGAAAGAGCCAAUAUGAUUGCAUCAGCUCUUGCCCAGAUUCCACAAAAGGUUCUAUGGAGACAUGGUGGCAAGAAACCAGACACCUUAGGACCCAAUACUCGGCUGUAUAAGUGGAUCCCCCAGAAUGACCUUCUUGGUCAUCCAAAAACCAAGGCCUUUAUAACUCAUGGUGGAACCAACGGCAUUUAUGAGGCCAUCUACCAUGGGGUCCCUAUGGUGGGCCUUCCUUUGUUUGCUGAGCAACCUGAUAACAUCAACCGAGUGAAGGCCAAGGGAGCAGCUGUCAGAUUGGACUUGGAAACAAUGUCAAAAACAGAUUUUCUCAAUGCACUGAAGCAAGUCAUUAACAAUCCUUCGUAUAAACGGAAUGCUAUGUGGUUAUCAACCAUUCAACAUGAUCAGCCUAUAAAGCCCCUUGACCGAGCUAUCUUCUGGAUUGAGUUCGUCAUGCGCCACAAAGGAGCCAAGGACCUGCGACCAGCCGCCCACGACCUCACCUGGUUCCAAUACCACUCUCUGGACGUGAUCGGGUUCCUGCUGGCCUGUGUGGCAACUGCUGUAUUUGUCGUCACAAAAUGUUUUCUGUUUUGUUGCCGCAAGUUUGCUGAAACAGGAAAGAAGAGGAAAAGGGAAUAGCUGUAUUUGGGUCCCAAAGCAGGAAUGCCCCAUAGGUGGAAUUCUUGCGGCUUAUUUCAACAGGAAGGAGUUAUGAAAAGGCUUCUGUCUUCCUGUGACAAAAUGGCUUUUCACAGUUCAACACCUCCUUUCAAAAUUUGUUUUCAAGGAAUUUUUUAACUGUUUAAGAUUUAGAAAAAUGUCAUGCCAAGAUGAAGCUGAUGAAAAUUAUAUAAAAGUAAAUGGGUAAAUAUUGAAAUGUAUUAUUUUAAGUCAGAAGUUUUACUAAAAAAUUAUUGAAUAUAUUAUAACAGUGUUUCAUGUGAUGUGCAUAGACACUAGAAUGAUAAACCUAGACCUCCUCUGACUGACAGAAUCAGAUAAUAAUGGGCAGAAUACAAAAAUUACAUAAAGUUUAUGGAAAAUUGGUAAAUCAAAUGAAAGCAAUCUGAAGUCACUUUUGAAACCUGCACAUCAGGAAAGCAGUUUAUAAUAAAGGUGGUCCAGGUGAGGAAAUGGGUCUUAUUGACCAAGAGGACCACCAUCUAAGUCAUAUAACAAACAUUCAUCAGUCUAAGGGAUAAUUUAUUCAAAUUAUUUAAAAACAAAUUGAUGCUUGGGGAACGAUAGGAAAAACGUACCGUUGAAUUUUCCAUACUGCCUCUCAACAUAAUUGCCAUGUUUAAAAAAGAUAGAAUUAAUAUGGUACAAUGGUAGAUAAUAUUAUUAAAUCACACACAUAGUUCUAAAUAAUUUCCCACAAAUCUGUCUUGCCACACUCGUAACAACAAAAAAAAAAAGGGGUUUGUCAUUAUUGUAUAGAGAGAAUUACUCCAAAUCUCCAACAAAAACUCAAACAGUCCACUAUGAAAAUAGAUGGAAGAUGAAUAAGAAAGUCACAGAAGUGGUGAGAGUGGGCACCCUUGUCUUGUUCCUGAUUUCAGGGGAAAUGCCUUCAAUUUUUCACCAUUGAGGGUGAUGCUUGCUGUGGGUUUGUCAUAUAUAGCUUUUAUUAUGUUGAGGUAUGUUCCUGCUAUUCCUGCUUUUUGGAGAGUUUUAAUCAUAAAUGAGUGUUGAAUUUUGUCAAAGGCUUUCUCUGCAUCUAUUGAGAUAAUCAUAUAGUUUUUAUCUUUCAAUUUGUUAAUGUGGUGUAUUACAUUGAUUGA